AAUCUUACACCUAUUUCGACGCCGACAGGAGGUCGAUACGUAACAAGUAAACAAAGAGAUUGACAUUGAUGAAAGUGCCAUUCGAUUUUAAUAGAAAAAUGCCUACACACGUACAUGAGAACAUAGCACUGCUCAAUAUGAUGUCUUCAGACAAUUUCGAAGAUGAAUUGAAAAGCGUUCAAUUACAUUUCCCAUCAAAUAGACGAUUGCACAACGACGGCGCAUGCGUAGAAGAGAGGGUGAGGACUUCCCGCGGGGACCUGCUCGUCGCCGUCCGCGGGGACCGCAGCAAGCGCGCCAUCAUCACUUACCAUGACCUUGGACUCAACUAUGCCGCCAACUUCCAGGCUUUCUUCAAUUUCAUUGACAUGAGAGCGAUAUUGGAUAAGUUUUGUAUCUAUCACGUAACAGCGCCGGGACAAGAGGAAGGCGCACCCACACUGCCCGAGGAUUAUACUUAUCCUAGUAUGGAUGCAUUGGCUUCCCAAAUAGAUUUUAUUUUGGGACACUUUGGGAUAAGAUCCUUUAUUGGUUUUGGAGUAGGAGCUGGAGCCAACAUUUUGGCGCGCUAUGCUGUUGUAAGUCCUCAAAAGGUAGACGCACUAAUUUUGAUUAAUUGCACAUCGACUCAAGCCGGGUGGACUGAAUGGCUAUAUCAGAAAAUAAAUACUAGACAGCUGCGAUCGAGUGGCAUGACGCAAGGGGCACUGGAUUAUUUAAUGUGGCAUCAUUUCGGCCGCAGUACUGAUGAUCGCAACCAUGACUUAGCGCAAGUUUACAAAGAAAGCUUCUCGCAUAUUAAUCCGGUCAAUCUAGCGAUGUUCAUCGAUUCAUAUUUGCGCAGGACGGACCUGAGUAUUUCAAGGGACACGCAUACCAUUAAAGUGCCUGUUCUGAAUGUGACCGGUGCUUUGUCCCCACAUGUUGAUGACACAGUAACGUUCAACGGGCGACUGGAUCCAUCCAAGACGUCGUGGUUGAGUAUCUCCGACUGCGGGAUGGUGCUGGAGGAGCAGCCGAGUAAGAUAGCAGAAGCGUUCAGGUUAUUCCUGCAGGGCGAGGGUUACUGCAGGUAGUCGCGCUGCCGACCACCACACCGACCGUCGCUGCGCUGCUACUUAGAAUGCACUCGAUGCUUUCACGCGAGCUUUAAACACUGUUGUAGACACGUUGACAAUGUAGACGAAAAAAAUGUUGUUCCUUGUUUUUAGAUGUUUACGGAAAUAAAUUUAUUUUGUGGC